AUGUGUGGCAAGGCAGACGCUGGAAUCUGCCAAGGCGACGUACCGAGUGCACACGCUGGAUCGGACCCUACCGUGACGUCCGUGCACGAGUUGUGGACUGUUGAGGAGAUUGUGAAGGACACGUACAGGUCGAUCCGGUUCCUGCAGGAUAAAUCCACAAAGCAGAGAGAUCGAGCCGCCCGCAAGCGGAAACGAGCGAGCGCCCUCAUCCAGCGGAUUCUGCUCGGCCAGAUCGUGAGGGAAGCAACCAAGCUGCUGCUUCAUCGCGCUACCAGCGCGCACGAGCCGCUUCUGAGACGUUGGCUGAAAGUCCUGAACGGGGAACAGGCCGAAGAGUAUGGCGUGCUGGUCUACCAGACCAUAUCGGGAGAAACGAAGGAGCACCCGCUUUUGCCAGCUCACACGGCGAAACCACGAAGCGAACUGGCGUGGCUAAAGAACCCUAGGGGCAAUUUCUACAAUGACAACCAGGUCCUGGACGAUGUCACGUGCUUCUUGUCCCUGUUAUCGGAUUCGAGUCUGCUUAGACCCCUGGCGCAGGCCUCGGCGGCAACGAACGUGGCAGAUCUCUGGAUGUUCGAGCUCCAGCGGUUCUUGCAGCUUGACUUGGAGGAUGAGGAAGCGCGACGUCAGUUGGUAGCACGGGAGAUUCAAAGUGUGUUUCGGGCCAAUGUGGAGAAAUGGGAGAACUGCGACGUCGUGGUGUUCGGUAGCUCGUUUUCGCGUUAUGGUUUGCAAGACUCGGAUCUCGACUUGAGUCUCUUUCCUGCUGGCCGCGAUGUCGAAGACAAUGACUCGACACCACGCUUAGGAGUCGUCGGUACGGACGUGGUAGAUUGGGAAGACCCGGCGACGAACGCCGAAAGGGUGGAGCAACUGCAGGAAUUGCGCGCGCGCGUAUUUCAGCAGAUCCAGAACCGGGCUGAAAGGUUUCAGGAAAUGGCGGACUCUGGCAAAUACGCAGCACCUCAUCGCGUUGGCGAGUGGCGCAGAAUGGAGUUUCUGGGCAACGAGCUGCGAGUUUUGUACAACGGAAUCAUGACAGAGCUGUCUGCCUUAUAUGUGCAAACAGACCCACAGUACAGCGAGGCAGAAGCAGUUGUAGCCACUAGAGAGCUCGUCAUCGAUGACCUUGAUCUCGUCGGAGCUAUUCUCCAAGGCUCUAGUAGCUGCGACGUCCGCGAGGUCGUGCAUGGAGCACGAGUGCCGAUUGUCCGCUUCGUCCACAAAUUGAAUGAUAGAGAAUACGACUGUGAUCUGUCGAUCAACAACCGCUUGGCCACUCGCAGCACGUUGCUCCUCCGCGCGUACGCAACCUUCGAUGACAGCGCGCGGGUGCUGGGCCUUGUCGUCAAGCAUUGGGCCAAGCACCGCUCGAUCGUCGGGACGAUUAACGGGUUCCUCAGUUCGUAUUCGAUCGUGCUGCUCACGAUCUACUACCUGCAGCUCGUGGGUGUUCUACCAAAUCUGCAAGACCCAGAGCUUCUGGAGUUCGCUCGAGUCCCCCCAGAUUACUAUGGAGGGACGAACAUUGCCUUUUGCACGGCUGUCGACACUGCGCGGGACUUCUUCGAGCAAGCUUCUGCUGGGUCGGGCGCGUCCGAGAUGCCGCUGACCACGCUGUUCGUUGGGUUCUUUGAGUUGUACGCCGUGCACUUUGACUACACGAAUCGUGUGGUGGCUGUGCGAUCUUCAAAUACGCCUACGCCAAAGAGUGUCUUAUGGGGAGCCGACCACGCGGAAUCGACGUUCCUGAGUAUCCAAGAUCCGCUUCAGACAUCCCGCGAUUUGGGAGGCGUUCUCCAUGGACACCAGCUCGAGAAAACGCUAAUCAAGUUUCGGCGCGCCCACGAGAUGCUGAAGCAGGGCCACAGCUUGGAAGAGCUCUACAACCACCCAAGUUGA